AUGGAAAUACUCUUGCGUAUCCUCGAGUUCGCUAUGACGAGCCCUCAUCCCAUCGUAGAUCCUCUUUCACCACUCUGUUCGGAGAAUCUAUCUAGCCUCGAAGCUGGAAGGCGGAACCAGAUUGCGUUCCACUUUCUUGCGACAUGCCGCGUCAUGCACGAGGAAGGCACAGCAUACAUGUGGCAACGGAAUGAGUUCGUUUUUACAUCACCACAAACUCUACAGAAGUUUGGACAUCUAGGGAUGCGUUACCGCUUACCUAUCAAGCACAUCAAAUUGUGCAUUGUUGCUCGAUACUAUGACGAUACGGAGCGUCAACACACUCUAGAGGGUGAAUAUCACCCCGACCUGAAGCAGAACCAGCCUCUCAAAAUUGUUGAUUUUCUCGCGGCCUUACGGGCACCGCUCAAUCGGACGCACCUAGACGAGAAAAUGUAUCAAUCUCUGCUGCUUCCGAACUUGACAUCGCUAAGAUUGGAUUUGGUCAACUCUUCCACCGAACUUAUACCACUCUCUGGCCCAGAGCUUCAUGACAUGGCUUCGCAUCAGCUUGGGUGCCAGCUGAAUGAGCUGCAUGUGACCGGGUUGCCGUUUGAUGACAGCGGAGAUAAGGCAUACGUCGAACUGAGCGGAUUGUUGAAAGACGAGGGUUUGUAUUCAUGUGGAAGCGCCGCAUUUUUGGCUCGCGAGGAACAUCUACAAGCCCUUACUGGGUCUAGAUGGACCGCAAGAGUUGUUCGAGCGUGGACUGGCACGGAAAGUGAUAUGGAUUCUUUCGAUUACGACUUUGACAGCUCUUUCAGCGGAGUCCUUCACCCGCUCAUGGGUGUCUUUCCGCCAGUACCGGCGGAGCACAAUUGCCCAGUCUCCAUCUGUAUAGCGGGAACUACUCUCUGGAAACGGGCGCCGGUAGCACGAGACAGUGACGAGAGACGGUGGACAGAGUUCUCGGGAGCAGGUGGUUAUCCUCUGCCGACACUCUUCUUGCAUUACUAA